GAUAUUAGAGAAAAAUGAGCGCAUUCCAAGCUUUCCACAGAUAAAGGGUUUCAUAAAAAAUACAUUUGACAACCGUGGCAGAUAACGUAACAAUAUCUGAACACGGAUCAAUAAGCCUUUUCUGUCUCCAACACAAAUGUCAUUUAGGGCCAUCAAACGGGGCUGAUCACGACCCAAUCAAUUGCCCGAAUAAGAACCAUUCCUUCCCCCUCCUUUUAAAUCGAUGACAGGUUUGUUCCACCAGUCUGAACAUUCUGACUCCAAGGAAUUCAGAAAUCAGAAGGAGUAAUUUAAAUGCUAUAGUAAGAACAUUAAGAAAAAAAAAGAGUAAAUUCAAUUUUAGGUAGAUUUAAAUGGUAGCUGCCUGGAGUACGGUAGUUUACGGAUUUAGUUUGUCGGCGAUCGCUGGUCUUGAUCACGACGUCGUCCUAGAGCAAUCGAGAGUUGUUUCAGUGGAAGCCAGUUGUCACAGUGAUAGGACAACAUCUAUGUGGGCGAUACUUUUUUCUUCCUUUGGGGGGUAGGACAGAUUAGCUCAUCGUCUGGGAACCCUGGGUCAAUAGGAACAUACCUUGACAGACAGAGCCUUUAAUGUGAUCAUCUCACCUACAGCACAGAAUGGAUGUAGAGGAAACUCUUGCUGAGCUGGUAGAAUCAAACUUCCUGAAGUGUUCCAGCUGUUGCCAUGACUACCAGAAUCCUCGACUGCUGCCAUGUCUUCAUAGUCUGUGUGCAGAGUGCAUUCAGAAACUUCCACACCAAAUAAGCUCUCAGUCAGAAAACCAGGAAUCUAAAGAUAACAUUCCAAAUGGAAAAGUGCUGGAGCAGUUUGCCUGUCCGAUCUGCCUGUCUUCCAUAUUUCUCCCAGAUGGAGGAGAGAGUGCUUUUCAAAGCAAUGCAUUUCUAUUUGACUUGUGUAAACUUUAUAAGUACAAACAUGAUUCUGGCAGACACUGUGACUACUGCCAGUAUGCAGGUAAAACUGUGGAUGCUGUGUCCUUGUGUCUGAACUGUCAUGAUGACAUGUGCGGGAAUUGUCAUGAAGCUCAUCAGAAGACAAAGAUUACAAGGACCCACCAAGUUGUGCCAUAUGAGCAGGUUAAAAAUGGUCUCUAUGAUCAUGACAUCAGACAAAACCAGAAACUGAAGUGUGAGGAACAUGAAGAUAGUUACCUAACAUCUUUCUGCACUGACUGUGAAAUGCUUCUUUGCCCGGAGUGCCAAACGUCUGCACAUGUUAGUCACAAUAUUGUUGACUUUGAAAAUGCAUUGCCAAAAUAUUCUAAACAAAUCAAAGGGCUGAUUUCCAGCAUCAAGACUCGUCUUCCUUCCAUACAGAACUACUGUGAAUUUCUAGAGAAGUACUCUGAGAAUCUGGAUCAGACUAAGGAACAGUUACUGACAGACACCCAAUCACAGGCAGAGAGCCUCCACCGAAUGAUUGACGAGUGCAAGGACAAGCUCCAGCAGGAGAUCAAAGAGUCGUGUGAAGCGGAGAUGAAUCAAGCCAAAGAAAAGCUGAAGAAUCUACAGAUUGCCUCUACCUCUCUUCAUAACAAUGCUCAUUUUCUGAACCAGCUAAUGGCUCACGGAAAGCCGGAGGAAGUUCUGGUCAUGCACCGAGAAAUCACAUCCAGACUCACUCAACUCAUCAAAAUGCAAAUGGAUGGUCUAACUGCUAAACUCAGGAUUGGGUUCAUUCCAGGUGCCAAUACGGAGCAGAAUGUCCAGACCUUGCUAGGCAAGCUCUCAAAUGACAUGAUUCCUGUUGGCAAAAGUGAGUCAAAUCAGUUAGCUGGGAGUGAGUUAAGAAUAACCUCAGUUUUACCCAAUGUCAAGAGCACACCAGAGUUUCUACUUUCCUUUGAUUCUGAAGGAACUGAUGAGAGCCGGGAUAUCUGGCCAACUGGGAUGGCUAUCACAAAGAAAGACAAUGUUGUCAUAGUGGAUCGAGACAACAAAAAGAUCAAGGUCUUCGACUCGGUAGGGAAACUACUGAAAGAGUUCACAGGACAAAAUGACAACAAAAUAGGAAUUCCAUUUGAUGUCACAGUUCUUGAAAAUGAUACAAUUGCCUUAACAGACUAUGAGAAAGAAAAUGUCAAAGUCUUUACCCAAGAAGGAAACCACCUUCUCACUAUAUCAGGAUUCUUUAAGCAUCCUCGCGGGAUUACAACAAACAGCAAAGGGGAAAUUCUGGUAGUUGACUGUCGACAACAGAGGAUCACAGUUCAUGAUCCCAAAAAUGGGAACUUGAUCAAAACAAUAGAUGGCCUGGACAAGAAAGGAAACCGAAUUCUGGUAGACCCUUACUACAUCACCACCACUCAUGAAGACAACAUCUUAGUUACCGACACUGCCGCUCCAAAUAUUAAAGUUUUCAACAUGGAAGGUCGAUUGAUUGCAGAGUAUGGAACCUAUGGCGUCAAAGAGCAGCAGAUUUUGCAGCCAUUUGGGAUUUGUGUGGACGACUAUGGGUAUAUCUUUGUUGCAGACAAUCAAAAUCAUCGCAUCCAUCUUCUGAAUCCUGAUGGAAAACUCAACAAAUUUUUACUGACCAAGAGUAACAGUAUAUGGCACCCCAUGGCUGUUAAUAUAUCGAAGAAGGGAUUUUUCCUGGUGUCAGAGGCAUUAGGAAAAGUUAGACUUUACAAGUAUUUAUAGUGAACUUUUGGACUGUUUUCCCCCAAAAUAUGUACACGCAUUUAGUAUGAACUGUUUAACUAAACUUUAUUCCACAGAAAGCUUCCUGGAUUUAGAGAACAAAAGUACAUGUAUAAAGAACUUGAUAUUACUGAACAUAAAAAAUAUGUAGAUGGAUUUAUCUCACAUGAUUUUUGAAAUCUUUUGUUUUUAUUUAAAAGUCACUCGAUUUAAUCUACUAAAAAGUAACAGGUGCAAAUUUUUUAUCAAUUUUUUCUGCUGAUUAAUAUACAUUGAACUGUUACAUGAAAUUCACAUUCAAUGCACUGUUAUCAAUUAAUGCUUGACACUUUUUAUACACUUUUCCACCCAUGCAAUAAAUGACCAGAAAUGUUA